UUCUACUCCUUGCGCCCCUACUCCUAGUGCAUCCACGAGAUGACACACAGCCGCUGGACCAUAUGCCCCGCGAGCCGCUACCGCUCUCACAAGCCAGAUAAGACGCGGGCAGAAGAGAAAGAGAGCCCCCUUGCGUGGUGAUGCUCCACCACUGGCCCCAUCACUGGCCCCACCACUGGGCCCACCACUGGUCCCGCUGCGUGUCCGCCCGCGGGGCCGGCAGAGGUGCCAGUAUGGACCUGGCGCCAGCACAACGCGGCUGCGGGACUCAAGUACGACAAGCAUCGUUGAUCUAACUCGGCAUCCUCGUUGGACAGGACACUGUUGUGGUUGUGGCAACCUUCACACCACCGCGACAAAACCCAACCUCGCCACGCAUCGGAAGCCCGCAACACCGGACCAGGCGAUGGGGAUGGGCUCGGGCGGUUCGCGCUGGGUGGGAAGCAGAUCACACAAUGCGAAGAUGCGAAUUCUCGUGUGCUGCGUGAUGAUCGCUAUCGGCGUGCUGCCGAUGCCGCCUCUAAAGAUCAUGGCCCGAGCAGCCUCCUUGCCCGCCGGGCUCCACUACCGGGCGGCGUUCGAGUGGCGCUCGGGACAGCUGUCGGCGCGGAGCAGACGCAGCGCGGCCCCGGCGGCCCCGGCGGCGCUGGUCGGCGCCCCCUUCGGCCCCCAGCUCGGCGCCCCCUUCGGGGUGACGGCGCUCGUCGGCCCCUGGCGCAAGUCUGACGUCGUGGCGGCGGAGGCCGGCGACUCGGCGACCACCACGCCGGCAGCCGCCUCGUCCAGCAGCCCGGAGGAGACUACCACCGAGGAGCCGUACGAGAGCGGCGACGAGGGCAGCGACUUCGGCUCCGACAUCCUCAACACGCUCCUUGAGGUCGUCGGAACCCUCCUGUCGUUCUUCAGCGACCCGCCCGGCGCCAUCCAGAAGAUGGUGGACCAGGCCAAGCAGCUCAUGGGCGGGGCCCGGUCGCUCAUGGCCACGGUAAGGGCGCAACGCCAGGCGGGCGCCCCCAUCCCGGACGGCGUGGGCGGCAUGGUGGAGCAAGUCAAGAAGCUGGUGGACGUGGCCAUCGAGCUCGCUGCACUGGGGCCGGCGGGCGCGCGGCAGGCGCGCAUCAUGCUCACGGAGGCCCAGCGCAUCCUGGAGACGGCGCGCGGCAUCAUGGAGACGACGGGUCGCAUCACCAACACGGCGAGGAACGUGGCGCAGAGCAUCGCCAGGCCCUGGACAGGCUGACCACAACUUUUAGUGUUGAUGAAAAUAACACGUAUCGCACAUA